UCCGCCUGCAAGUUCCGCUGGCGCCGCUCCGGGUCAGGCGCGCGAUUUCUUGCUUUGCAAAGGGCGCCGCGUUUUGCGCCGCUUCUUCCUCCUCCUCCACGGAUGGCUCCGCUCAGGCUGCUCGGGCCAGCCCUGGGCUGGAGGCUCGCUGCUGCAGCAAGGCCCGUUUAUCUCAGCAGGCCACCCCAGCGAGACCAUCGCCUGACACCUUCAGAUGACGAACUCUACCAGAAGACCACAAUUCAGCACCUGGAGAAGGAAUCCCAAGACAUCAUGUACAUAGAAGGCUACAGUGAACGAGGCUUCAGCAUCAGCGGGAACAAGGUGGUGGGGCCUUGCGCAGUCUUGCCACGAGCCAUCCUGCAGUGGAACGUCGGCACACAUAAGGACAUCACUGCUGAGAGCCUUGUCCUGUUCCGCCUGCUGGAGCCUCGAAUAGAAAUCCUGGUCCUGGGGACGGGAAGCAAGGUGGAGCGGCUGGAUCCUGCUGUCCUGAAGUUAAUGCGUCAGUGUGGGAUUGCUGUGGAGGUACAAGAUACGCCCAAUGCCUGUGCAACGUUCAACUUCUUGACAAGUGAGCGGCGUAUGACUGCUGCCGGCCUUAUCCCACCUCCCGGUGUAACACGUGACUGAAUCUCUGAGGGUAAGACCCAGGGGAAGGAAGAGUCUUUGGCAGGGCGAAUAAAGAGACGCUGUUGUCACGCCUGCCAUGUUCUUCGUUGCUGCGUUUGAGAGACCCUCCUGUUUGAAAGCAACACAAGCCUUUAUGCCUGAAGGCGUAUCUGUCAACCUGUAUGAAUGAGUGACAAGUAUUUUUUUAAAAAUGCAAGAACCCCAGCAUGGCUAAUUCUAGAGACAGAUUACUUAACACCCACUUUUGGGAUGAGGCCCUGGGGUCUAGAAAUGUAAAAAAGAAAGAACCGCCUUCAGUUUGAUCCACAUGCUAAAUUAAUUAACUUCAUGCGGCAACCUGGAUUUGAGGAUAGAGAGGCAGUCUUUCUUGUGGAAAAAAAUCUAGCACUGUGGAGUUUGCACAUUAGAUCAGCUGAUCAAUGGAGAUUGUUCGUUUCCCAUAUUGCGGUCUAGAUACUAUACUACCAAUGAGUUCUGGAUAUAGCAAUAUUUUCAGUUAUAGCACUCCUCAGUGUCUGUUUAUGGUCUGCCUGCUUUGAGGGCUGCAGACUCCCCCCAAAUAGUUGGAAGGAAUAAUUGGAUAUUCACAAAAAAACCAAAACCUGUAAUUAUUGAAAAGUUCAGGAACUUAGGAAAUAAUGGAAACAGGGAGUUAGAAUAUAUUGUACAACCUAAGCAAUAGAAAAUAUAUUGGAAUAUAUACAGAAUACUUACUUAGAUUUGAGACUGAUUCAGCAAAAAUUGGCGUUUUGGAUAUACUGGCCUCCACAAUUACUCUACAAGAAGGUGCUGUCAAACUCGGAUGGACGUUUGAAGUGUAAUGCUGGAAAUAUCUGCUUAAGGCAUAUGAUGUGGAAUUGUCCAAUGCAACUGGACUUUCUGAAGUUGUUGUAUGUAACAACUUUACAUUGACAAAAUCCUUGAUAUUCAUGGAUGUUCGUGUACUUUUAAAUUAUGUUCGUUGUAUGGGAUUGAUGGCAGGACAACAAAAAUUGAUUUUGCAAGCCUUUAGAGAGUCACCGAGUGAUUUAUACUUCAAGCCUGGAAGGGUAAAUAUUCACCACCUAUUACAGAGUUGUCUAAAGACCUUAAAUCCCUUGCUGCAUCUGAACGUACUUUCUAGAAACAUCAAUUUCAUUUGAUAUAUGCUACCCAGCUGUCCAAGUGGAUAUCCAAUCUCUCUAUAUAAAUCACAGCAGAUGUAAUUGAUGCAAACUGACAGGUGUUCCUCCUCCUUUUUGUCUCUCCCCCCCCCCAAUAAUCUUGCAAUAAAAAUCAAUUAAGGACAAGCCAAUGACAGAACUUUGGCGAUCUGGAUGGCAUCCUUGAGCGAAGUGUGUAAUCUUAGCAUUUGAGUGUGGACUAGCCCAGAGUGGCGAAGAUCCAGAAUAUACUUGAAACAGAAUAAUGUGGAACCACAUGUGUGUGUUUUCCCAGUCUGUAUAAAGGGAUUAAGGACCCACCUGUUACGUG